AUGGAGUGGCAUCCAGAUGAUCACGGUCUGCAGCAAGUGCUCCAGCUUCUGAAGGACUCCCAGUCCCCAGAUACGGCAACACAGAGAUUGAUCAAACAGAAACUGGAGCAACUGAAUCAAUUUCCAGAUUUCAACAACUAUUUGAUUUUUGUCCUUACCAGCCUCAAAUCUGAGGAUGAGCCCACUCGCUCUUUGAGUGGUCUCAUAUUGAAGAACAAUGUAAAGGCUCACUACCAGAACUUCCCCUGUAAUGUGGCUGACUUCAUCAAACGAGAAUGCCUCAACAACAUUGGAGACCCGUCACCACUUAUCAGAGCUACAAUUGGGAUCUUGAUCACAACUAUUGCUUCUAAAGGAGAGCUGCAGACCUGGCCAGAACUGUUGCCUCAGCUCUGUAAUCUGCUCAAUUCUGAGGACUAUAACACCUGUGAGGGUUCUUUUGGAGCCCUACAGAAGAUAUGUGAGGACUCCUCUGAGUUAUUGGACAGUGACGCUCUAAACAGACCUCUUAAUAUAAUGAUACCAAAAUUCCUCCAGUUUUUUAAGCACUGCAGUCCAAAAAUCAGGUCACAUGCCAUUGCUUGUGUGAACCAGUUCAUCAUCGGUAGAGCUCAAGCCCUGAUGGAUAACAUUGACACCUUUAUUGAGAGUCUGUUUGCAUUAGCCGGUGAUGAGGACAGUGAAGUGCGUAAGAACGUUUGCAGGGCUCUUGUCAUGCUGUUAGAAGUCCGCAUUGACCGCCUUAUUCCACACAUGCACAGCAUCAUCCAGUACAUGCUGCAGCGCACCCAGGACCCAGAUGAGAAUGUGGCUCUUGAAGCUUGUGAGUUCUGGCUAACUUUAGCUGAGCAACCCAUCUGCAAGGAGGCUCUUUCUGGCCACUUGAUCCAAUUAAUUCCUAUUUUGGUGAAUGGGAUGAAAUACUCGGAGAUCGACAUAAUUCUUCUAAAGGGUGACGUAGAGGAAGACGAGGCCGUGCCGGACAGUGAGCAGGAUAUCAAACCGCGCUUUCACAAAUCCCGCACUGUCACACUGCAACACGAAGGGGCUGUGGAUGAGGAAGGAGAGGACAUUGAUGAAGAUGAGGAUGAUGACGAUGAUACACUGUCUGACUGGAACCUUAGAAAGUGUUCCGCUGCAGCUCUUGAUGUUCUUGCCAAUGUGUUCCGUGAAGAAUUGCUUCCUCACCUCUUGCCGCUGCUCAAAGACCUUCUUUUCCAUCCUGACUGGGUCAUCAAGGAAUCUGGCAUCCUUGUAUUGGGGGCCAUUGCUGAGGGCUGUAUGCAGGGCAUGGUGCCAUACUUACCUGAGCUCAUCCCCCACCUCAUUCAGUGUCUCUGUGACAAGAAAGCUUUGGUUCGCUCUAUUGCUUGCUGGACCCUGAGCCGAUAUGCCCAUUGGGUGGUCAGCCAGCCCCCCGACGCUCAUCUGAAACCUCUAAUGAAAGAGCUGCUAAAACGCAUCCUGGAUGGCAAUAAGAGAGUGCAGGAGGCCGCAUGCAGUGCAUUUGCAACCCUGGAGGAGGAGGCAUGUACCGAGCUGGUCCCUUACCUGAGUUUCAUCCUUGACACACUGGUUUUUGCUUUUGGGAAAUAUCAGCACAAGAACCUGCUCAUUCUUUAUGAUGCCAUUGGAACACUGGCAGACUCUGUGGGACACCACCUGAACCAGCCUGAGUACAUUCAGAAACUCAUGCCCCCACUAAUAGCCAAGUGGAAUGAGUUAAGGGAUGAAGACAAAGAUCUUUUCCCUCUACUCGAGUGUCUAUCGUCUGUGGCCACGGCCUUGCAGAGUGGAUUUCUUCCUUACUGUGAACCUGUGUAUCAACGCUGUGUCACCCUGGUGCAGAAGACGUUGGCUCAGGCCAUGAUGUACAGUCAGCAGCCAGACCAGUACGAGGCACCAGACAAGGACUUCAUGAUCGUAGCUCUGGACCUUCUGAGUGGUCUGGCAGAGGGGCUUGGAGGCCACGUGGACACACUGGUUUCUCGUAGCAACAUCAUGACUUUACUGUUUCAGUGCAUGCAGGAUACGAUGCCUGAAGUAAGACAGAGUUCAUUUGCUCUACUUGGUGACCUCACUAAGGCUUGUUUCCCACAUGUCAAACCGUGUAUUGCUGAGUUCAUGCCAAUCCUUGGGACAAAUCUGAACCCAGAGUUCAUCUCUGUCUGCAACAACGCAACCUGGGCCAUAGGAGAAAUCUGUAUGCAGAUGGGAGUGGAAAUGCAGCCGUAUGUUGCUAUGGUUUUGAACCAGCUUGUUGAGAUCAUCAAUCGACCCAACACUCCGAAGACACUGCUAGAAAAUACUGCUAUAACUAUUGGCCGUCUGGGUUAUGUAUGCCCCCAGGAAGUUGCCCCCCUGCUGCCACAGUUUAUUCGGCCUUGGUGCACAUCUCUGCGAAACAUCCGAGACAAUGAGGAGAAAGACUCUGCUUUUCGUGGCAUUUGCAUGAUGAUUGGGGUGAAUCCAGGAGGCGUUGUACAGGACUUCAUCUUCUUCUGUGACGCAGUGGCCUCCUGGGUGAAUCCAAAGGAAGAUCUGAGAGAAAUGUUCUAUAAGAUCUUGCAUGGUUUUAAGGAGCAGGUUGGGGAAGAAAACUGGCUGCAGUUCUCAGAGCAGUUCCCCCCACUGCUGAAAGAGAGACUGGCAGCCUGCUAUGGUGUUUAGACUCUCCAUGCCUAACCAAGCGGUGAAUCAACAGGGAGGAGAGUGAAUGGGAACUCAUCCAUCUGUGUAUUGCACUGCCCUGUUCUGGGGGGAGGGAGAGGGACACUAUUGGCCACACCCCCUGAAGGACAGCCCCCAUACCCAAUGUGUUUGUCCAUUGUGGGAGGGUGGGCGGGUGGGAGGGCGGGACAGUGGGACACCUCUAGAUAAACUAGGCUGGCAACCAACACAGGUAGUAACAGAUAGAGGGACAGACAGACAGACAUGUUUGAAAAGAGAAAGGCAGGGACAGCUGCCAGCACAGAGACAGUUGAGGGAAACCAAUUGGAGCGGGGCAUCAAACAAUGCAAAGAAGAAAAAAAAAGAAAAAAAAGCUGUGCAAUUGCCUGUAAAACCGGGAGCUUAAAUGGGGAUACUUGAGGUUAAGAGUAACUUGACUGAUGGGGAAAGACCAACGUUGACCCACACAUAUGCAUUACAUGAUCUGAAGGUGUGGCAAUAUUAUUUAAACUUUUUUGUUUAUUAUUACCUAUUAUAUGUAGUAUGGGGCAAAGUGAUAUUUGUUCUACGCAGAAUAGGAUUUAAAGUAAAUGUUCUCCGUUAGUGGUUAGAGAACUCUGCUCGUCUGUGGAGUCACUCACAAGUCACUAUUCCUACACUAUCUGUUCCCUUUUCUCAUUAUGAUCAGUGAGCUGUCUUUCAGAGAUAUUUCUGUUUCUACCCGAAGGAAGUGUCUCUCUUUUUGACUUUGUGGAAACUUUUCUCUUAGUGGGAGGAUUUAGGGCUAAAACAUUUGGUUCUUACCAAUGUAGGAAGAAAAAUCAAAUUGUUAUCUUAAUACAUCUUAGUUAAAUGAGGUUCUCUGUGUGUGUGUGUGUGUGUGUGUGUGUGUGUGUGUGUGUGUCUUUUUCUGUCUGUCUUUGUAUGUGCUGCUUGCAAGUCCUUAAUCAAGCAUUCACUCCUAAUAACUUGUAUAUUGUUUUGGAUUAUGGUACUGAGUUGAACACUUGACCCCCCCCACCCCCACCACAGUGUCCUUCACCAUGUUUUGUGUGUCUUUCUGUUGGUUUGUGUUUAUGUGUCAACCAUUUUGGUUUCCAUUUGAUGCCAUAUUGAUAACUAAUGUGAUGAGAGCGUGAUUGGCCGUGUCAUUGCUAUCUUUACAAUGUUUUAAAACUGGUCCAUAUUUUGUUGCUGCUACUGAUGACAUUCGUUUCUAAUGUGGACCCGAAUUUACACAAUUACUGCAAAAAAAAAAAAAAGUUUAUUUCAGUGAUUGUUUCAGUAGUUUGUUUUUUUUUGCACUCAUUAUUUUAUGUGAUUGUAAGUACAAAUAGAAAUUAACUUUCCUUUAACUUCACCCAUGUUAUUUGUCUUGACCCUAAUGUCAGUGUUUGUCAAACUGUAUUGCACUGUGAAAUUAAGUGUCUUUGACUGGCAAAAAAAUGAAUGGCAAAUAAAAACAACUUUGUGAAA